UCGCGCCUCGCGGCAUUCGCCUCGUAUUCUUCUGAUGCGAAGCACGAAGCACCGGAGUUGACGGGAGUUAUUCCGACAAUGGCCGGUAGUUAUAAGAAUUUUAUGAAAUUAUUGGAAGCUUGGCCACUUGACAAGUCAAAAGCGGGCAGGGAUCUGGGACAACACAUUCGUGAUAAUUUGAAAGUAGCCUUUGCUAAAGGACCACAUAGCGAAAUAAAUCAAGAACAGUGUGAUCGAUACUAUAACAGUUUAAAGAGAUUAGCAUCAAAUUAUUACGGCCAACAUUACCCACGAACAAACAAAUCUACAGCAAGUGGACUUUCGGCAGAGGAGUGUAAUAUUGCAUUGUCCCCGGAGUUUGAGGAAUAUUUCAAAGAGGAGGAGUUGGGAAUCCUGAAACGAAAUUUUGUAAGGUUGAAGAAAAGGUAUGGCUCUACAGCUAGUGAAAAGAAUUGA